GCGAGCGGGGGAGGAGGGGUGCGGGGCAGGUAAACGCCUGUGGACCGUUCCGGACACGCGGCUGCGGUGACCAAGGUCCAGCCCAGACUAAGGCCUCCGUGGGAUGGGAAGGCUUACUGGGUCAUCCCUAAACAACUGAACGGGGAAGGGGCGCCUGACUACGCGUGGGACCUGGCCUCCAGACUUUGGGGAACCGAACGACCGUCUCGGCUACCGACCUCCAGCCGUCCCGGAAUAUCGGGCAGAGGUUCGGUGGUCGUGACACAAGGGCAGUCUCCUCUCACACCCCGGAGACCUACGUUUACUACCCUUCACCCCCACCGUCGUAAGGGCGGUUGCUUUUGCACGGGUUGAAAACUUUAGGACCAGCCCGGUUUAGCUAGCUAAAUCCCGAAGUUACUUUUUCCGUACAGGACGAGCCUUCCCCACACCCUUGGGAUUAGUGUGUGUGUGGGGGGGAAGCACUUCUCCCCUUCCAGGGCCCCUCGCUCUCCCAUCUCUAGUAGCCCCAGCCCUCCUCUACCAGAUGGUCUGUCCUCCCAGAGUUUCCACCAGGGAGGUCCUCCGAGUCGGAGGCAGAAUUUCGUCUCCCACUAAGCUUGCCAUACCCCCAAAGACCAUUUGUGUGAGCGAGUCCCUUUUAAAUGUCUCUCGGUAGAAAAACUGAAAGUAGAAAGAAAGGAAGCAAUUUCCGAGCAGAUGUCUGACCACCCCUACUCGCAUACUCCCAGCAUCGGGUUACAGGGUCCUGGGAGCCCCAACCCGGUUCUGCUGCCCCACAUGGGUGAACCCCUGGUGCAUUCACGCCAGCUUCUGAACUCCCCCAGGACGCCCCGUUCCCCGCACGUCCAGGCCCCCGGAGUCAGAGAGGGCAGCUGAGAACAACGGUAUAGGUAUAAAUAUUGAGCCGUGACAUUGACGCGCCCGCCGCUUCCCCUCCCCCGCGCUCCCGGCACACUCUGGGUUGCUCGGCACGCCCCCUCUCGUCCCGCUGCCUCCCGCGCGGCGCUCAUCCCCGAGGGGCCGGAGCAACCUCUCCUCGCGAAGACUGCACGAGCCCUGCUGGGGAAGAAAAAGUGCAGAGAUUGUGGGCAGACUAUGUAAUCGCUGCGGAGGGGGAAGAGGAGGGAUCGGCGCUCUCCUGCGGCCGCAGCGCGGCGACUCGGCUAGGCGGAGUUUCGCGGCGGCUGCGCCCGGCUUGAGCCCGCGGGCAAAGAGGUCGGUCCGUCCAGCCCGGCGGCCGCGAGUCCGACUCCGGGCGUCCCGGAGGCGUAUAAGGCAACCAGUGAGCACCCGGUUCCACUGUGCCGCGCCGGCAGCCUCCAGCCAGCAUGGAGAAGGACAGCCUGAGUCGCGCCGACCAGCAGUAUGAGUGCGUGGCGGAGAUCGGGGAAGGCGCCUACGGGAAGGUGUUCAAGGCCCGCGACCUGAAGAACGGCGGCCGCUUCGUGGCUCUGAAGCGCGUGCGAGUGCAGACCGGAGAGGAGGGCAUGCCGCUCUCCACCAUCCGCGAGGUGGCGGUGCUGAGGCACCUGGAGACCUUUGAGCACCCCAACGUGGUCAGGUUGUUUGACGUGUGCACAGUGUCACGGACAGACAGAGAAACUAAACUUACGCUAGUGUUUGAGCAUGUUGAUCAAGACUUGACCACUUACUUGGAUAAAGUUCCAGAACCCGGUGUGCCCACAGAGACCAUAAAGGAUAUGAUGUUUCAGCUUCUCCGAGGUCUGGACUUCCUCCAUUCUCACAGAGUAGUGCAUCGUGACCUGAAGCCACAGAACAUUCUGGUGACCAGCAGUGGACAAAUAAAACUGGCUGACUUCGGCCUUGCCCGCAUCUACAGUUUUCAGAUGGCCCUUACCUCGGUGGUCGUCACGCUGUGGUACCGAGCCCCGGAAGUCCUGCUCCAGUCCAGCUACGCCACCCCCGUGGACCUCUGGAGUGUUGGCUGCAUCUUUGCAGAACUGUUUCGCAGAAAGCCUCUUUUUCGUGGAAGUUCAGACGUGGAUCAACUAGGGAAAAUCUUGGACGUCAUCGGACUCCCAGGAGAAGAAGACUGGCCUAGGGAUGUUGCUCUUCCCAGACAGGCUUUUCACUCCAAAUCUGCCCAACCCAUCGAGAAGUUUGUGACAGACAUCGACGAGCUAGGCAAAGACCUCCUUCUGAAAUGCUUGACGUUUAAUCCAGCUAAAAGAAUAUCCGCUUAUGGCGCCCUGAAUCACCCGUACUUCCAAGACCUGGAGAGAUACAAGGACAACCUGCAUUCUCACCUGUCGUCCAGCCAGAGCACCUCGGAGCUGAACACAGCCUGAGGCUCCCCGGGGAUGCCGCUAGCUCGUCAUCUGAACACACUGGUGUCCCCCAGGCAAGCCUUGCAGAGCAGUUACAGACUGCUGGCUGAGGACCCUUCUAGCUGCCAGCUUCUGGGUGGGCUCUGCCUCACCAAGGAAACCACCUAGUUUACUGUUCAGAGAUCAAUGCAAGAGCGAUUGCAGCUUUACGUUCAUACACGUGUUUGUUUGUCUGUCUGUUUCAAGAACCUGGAAGACUUCCAGAAGAGAAGCUGCUGACCAAUUGUGCUGCCAUUUCGUUUUCUAACCUUGAAUGCUGCCAGUGUAGAAUGGGGAUCCAGGCCCAGCGGAGUUAUGAUGUAAUCUGCCUGCAGCUGCUGGGCCUGCUUUGGUACUUGUGAGUGUGUGUGUGUGUGUGUGUGUGUGUGUGUGUGUGUGUGUGUGUGUGUGUGUAAGAGACGGGGGAAGGGAGAGAGAAAGAUCCCUGAUCUCGUAAAGUGUUACUUUUUCGUAGACAAGAAGAAUAAAUGAAUUUUAAAGAAAGAGUAGAGGUGACUGAUAGUUACGAGGGCUUGUUCAGUGAAAGGUGAUUCACAGUGGAGUCUUGUCCAGUGAGGAAGGUGAGCGAGCCUAAGUCCUCAGCAUUUCCUUCCUGUCCAAAAGCUUUUGCUAGCAAUAAACAAUAAAGGUUUAGAUGCCACAAAAGGGGGAGGGGAACCCCAGUAUCUUUCAAGUGACUGUUUAAGGGAUAGAUUCUUCUAUUUACUCUUUGGAAAGCUGAACUUAUGUGUCCUGAGUGCUGUAUGCAGUACAGUAAGUACUUAAUUGUUUCUUUUGGGAAAGAUGCUAUAAGCAUCUUAUUACUUGCGAUAGAUUUAAAGAGUGAGUGUACCUCAGGUAGGUUUUAAAGAUCGAGUGCCUAUGUUCUCUGGUUUGAAAUGUUAUCCUUUCCUUGCAUCUCUUGUUACUUUGUUCUUGGUUUUAGGGAACCGCUUCCUGCUCUGACUAGAGAUAGGAGCACCAUUUAGCUCUCUCCACCUACCACCACGGCUUCUAAUUAAUAUUCCUGCGAUUGCCUUGUUAAUGAGAGAUCGCCCAGCUGCCCCCAGCCAAUUGCCGUCAUACCGUCUUUAACCGAAUGCUUUGCAGAGGGCCUGGCUUUGGGCAAAUGGCUCUGAUUCCGCAGUCUUCCCACACGCCAUCACCAAGGUCCCGUAGGCAGCGCAGAAUGCUUGCUCUGCGUGCACCCAGCACAUAGAUCGCAACCAACUGUCACUCGGUGUCUCCUAUUUCUAUAGUGUAUGUUGUAAGUAAUGUCUGAGGGAACGCCUUUUCCCCUCUUUUAGAGAUAACUAUUUACUCUCUAAAGUGACCUCUCUGUCCAUUCCCCAGGAUGUGGUUUUUUUUUUUUUUUUUUUUUUUUUUCUGGUGCCUCGUGCUGAGCCCUGCUCUCUGCAGAGCUAACCUAGCCUGUAAACAACUGUACUUCACUGUUCUCUCUGGGUCCUGUACAGUCCAUGCCACCUUUGCCUUAUUAUCCGCGGCUGAGUGCUAAGCUGGCCCCGCUCCGUAGAAUGUGUAGAAAAGCAGCUUUGGGGGGAGUUCAGCUGCGUUUUGAAUCGUGUCUGAGUGCAUGUGAGUAAAAGGUAGAUCUUGUUUCAGUGUAGAACUCUGAAAGGGCAGCUGAUGUUUCUUUCACACAGUAGGAUAGGCUUCAGAUGGUGUUUAUAUAUAUUAUGGAGCCUUACUGGGUUCUUUGCCGCUGAAAGGUGCAUGUGAUUGCUUUGUAUGGAGAAGAAUUUGAUGUCUUUCCUGAGAGCUUUGGAGGUUGGGAUUUUUUUUUUUUAUGACAUUACAUUCUUCCUAUUCAGUAUCUCAAGGAACAGGAUUUUUUUUUUCCAAAAGCAAAAUUUAAAAAGACAGAAGAUAGGCCGCGAAAAUAUUCUGCACUUGGUCAUUCCAGCACUAGGCUGUGCUGUCAACACUGUCAAACCUGAGACAGAAAUCAGCCCAGAGCCUCUGGGACAAAAGUCUACUCUAGGUCCCACUUGGAGGGUGAGUUUUCUGCCUUGUCAUUGAACAAGGCCCACAAUAGAGACAUUUUUGCUAGAACCUGGAAAUGGAACAUAAAACUCACUACAUCAAGGCCUAGUCCAUUUUAUUUUAGCAUCCAUGUGCUAAAGUGAAAAUAAUUUUGAGGGUUUCGCUUUAGCCAAAAAAGAAAAAAGAAAAAGAAAGAAAGGAAAAAAAGUUGUUUUCCUUAGCUUUGCUCAAGAAAAAAUACAGCUCUUCUAAACCGGAAUCUUCCCGUAUUCUCUAGAGUUUUCAAGUAUAGAGUUUAACUUCAUUUCUAAAUAGUUUUGUUUUGGCUUUUGGGGAGGUGGGGUAGUGGGAGGUUGAUUUUGGUUUUUUAGAUUUGUGUGUGUUUGUGUGUGUUUAUGUGUUUGGCUUUUGGGUUUGUUUGAUUGGUUGGUUAGUUUGUUUGUUUUGGCUUUUCUAGACAGGGUUUCUCUAUGUAGCCCUGGCUGUCCUGGAACUUGCUCAGUAUACCAGUCUAGCCUUAAACUCAGAGAUCCUUCCUCUGCCUCUGUCUCUAGUGUGCUUGGACUAAAGGCAUGAGCUGUCGCCCUCACCCCACCCCUGGCUUAGAGUAGUAUUUUCAAAGCAUAAACAUUUGGGUAAUAGAAACUUGGCAUAUUGUGCAAGGGAUGGUGCGGAAAGGGCACCCCAGCAUAUCUGACUUCACAUCUCUGCCCCAGCUCUUCGUCCUUAUAGGUGCUCUCUGGAUAUAUGUCUCUACAUCGGGCUCACACCUCUGAACCCCAAUUUUCACAUAAGGAGACUUGCCAUUAGGGUCCUUAGUAGCACAGAGAAGCAUAUAGUAGACUGAAGAGUUUACCCAGCGCAUCCUUAUACGGCCUCGUCCAUUCACAUGCCUUUGUCAGAAUCUAUCCAGUGAUUUCACUGAUGAGACCCUACUGCCUGAGGAUCUGCUGAAGCAGCUUUCGGUAGGAGUAGUGCAAGAUUAUGCCUGGUAGCUUCCGUUCAGUGUUUGGUUCCAAAGACUCCAGCAUUUAUAGGACCGGCUGCAAUUCUAACAACCUCUUAAAGGAUUUGAGGCCGGUUCUCCAGUUAGGCCCCCAAACCAUCACAGGCAAGGAGUUCUAGCCAGCCAGCCUUAGAAACACAGUCCCUAAGUACCUGAGAGCACCCAGUGGGCUGCAGCCUCCUACUUGGUCCCUCUUUAAAGAAGACAGACAUUCAAGCAAUGGAGGAACUGUUCAGUUAGCUUGGGGCCAUUUCUGCACCCCCAGAUUUUCAUGAUUUUUCUCUCAGGACCCACUCUGACCGGUAGACUUGAAUUUAGCCUCAAGUGAUUUACUAAAAACAGCUCAGAAGCUCAGUUAAAAAAUAGAAUCGCCACGUGGUCAUUCUAAGUAUAAAUGAAGACUCCAGGAUGUACUGGGUGCUGCUAUCUCAAAGACAGUACUUUCCUUUAAAUAGAAAGGUGUGUGUGCCUCCGGCCUGCAACGGGGCGCUAGCCAACUUGUUUGAGGAAGUCAAUAGCAAACAUUUUGAAUUUUAAAGUAUGUCCUAAGCUUGUUUUUUAAGUAACCAUAGCUGCUCUCUUAAAAGCUGUCACUAUUAAAGCCAGUCACAGCCAUUCUCGUUGCAGGAGUUAAAUCAUGUCAACUUUCUAACAUCACAGUUGUUUCAGUCUUCUGUCCAAAGAACUGCUCUUCUGGAGAAAACACGAUUUUGUUUUUGUUUUUUGUCUUGGUUUUGUUUUUCCUGAGACGGGGUUUCUCUGUGUAGCCCUGGCUAUCCUGGAACUCACUGUGUAGACCAGGCUAGCCUCGAACUCGUGUAGAUCUACCCGCUAGGACUCAAGGCAUGCACCACCAUGCCGGCUGACUAUUUUUUAUGAGAAGCACAGAAGUGGCUCACAUUUUCUUAAAGCACAUUUUUGUCACAUUACAGUAGAGUUCAGAAAAGAAUAACAUUAAAAGUCCCCAUCCCAGUGUGACGCUUGUGUUAGCACAUACUGAUAGCCAUCAGAAUAAUACUUGCCUGCUUGUGACAGGAAAUGAAAGACAUUGUAUAAUUUCCAAAUCUUUAAAAAAUACCAAAAAAGUAGGAACCGUAUAUUGAAAGGUCAUUUUAAAUUUUCCAUGUGUUUCUAGCCAUAUACGUUUGCCUUUAAGUAUAUUCUAAGAAAAAUUUCAGCACUUAUGGGCUGGGUAUGUCAAAAUACACAUUCUGUAGGGGUGCACAGAAAUUGCUGGCACUCCUCCCUCAAUUCAUAAGAAGAGAACAGCUAUCUGAAGCUAUACUCACUAUAUAUACACUAUUAAAAAAUAAAUAAAAAUUUAAAAGGCUUUUGCCUCUCGUGCAGGCUGAGGAUGGACAGCUUAUAUAAGCCUUAUCCAAAAAAAUUAAAAAAAAAAAAAAAAAGCAGUCCUCUGUAAUGUUCAUGCUCACAUCCGUGGGCUUCCCGUGAAAGGUGCUCAUACAUUCAUCCUCACAAUGGGAAAGCAAUCGAAGCCGUAAGUCCUGGAAUGAUUAGUAAUAGUGGUCCCUCAGACCCAUGAGAACAUAGGCCUUCAUCUCCUACCAGCUGCCUUCCUAUAGAUGGGUUCCGUCCAGUUAUGCAGGCCAGGCCUGGCUGGCACCUGCUGCCUCCCGCCUCUUCAAGCUAGGAUUGCGUAGCUCAAGCAACCCCAACUCAGUCUUGGUUUUGGUUUUGUUCUUGUUUAAGGAAAUAAGCUGAAACUACCCCUUUGACCUCCUGUCUUCUGAAAGAGAGGGGUUCCAUUUUGACUGGUUUUCCUCAGUUUGAUUUUUCAAAUCCUCCUAAUGAAGUACCAAACUACUUCUUUCUGAUGCUUCCUUCUAGGGUUUUCGGCAAGUUGGUUAACUGAACGGACAUCCAGUAGGAUAUUCCCACCUCUUUAGCCCUCACCCAGGCCUUUACAAUUACUUAAGGGACAUUUUUGAUACACUCAAAUUAAUUGCAGUUCUAGGACAUACAACUAAAAAAACUUCCCUGAAACCAUCUGUGAUCAGGACAGUUUCCUUAGAAAUGACAAAACCCAAGUGCAAACUCUUAAAUUCCAACUCCUAAACUUUGGGUUUUAUAUACAUAUGAACAUAACAGCUUAGAAAGGAAUGUGCAUAAGGCUUUGGUUUUUCUACUCUCGAAGUCACUUUUAUACUACAUUUUAAAUUCACCUUUUUUCCCCCUCAGAGACCCAGCCCCCCUGAACCAGUAGUAACAGUACACUGGGGAUGAACAGACACAGUAUUUCAGUUUCUGUGGGCUCACGGCUGCAGAAAGCAGUUUAUUCCUCAUGAGUGACAGACGCACACACACACAGAGCCUGCUUGACUUCACUCCAGAAAGACAGGCAGGCAGGCCUCAGUUAUUUACACGGAAUCAAAAAGCUACACAGACCAGGUGCUCAAGGCACUGAGAACUCUUUGGUCCUUUCAACCCUCUGCUCUCAUUGAAGCAGAUCUCAGGUUAAGACACACACACACACACACAUACACCACAUACACACCACACACACACCACAUACAUACAUACCAUACAUACACACCACACACACACCACAUACACACCAUACAUACACACACACACACUCUCACACACACACACACUCACACACACUCACACACACACACACACACACACACACCGGUUUGUGCUCUCUACCACCAUGCUGGAGUUCCUGAACCUGAUCCCACCCCCACCCCCCACCCCGGCUGAAUGACAGGGGUGUGGGGCAGCGGAUCUGGAUCCAGCAGGAUGUUGUGGGAGGACCAGUGACCCGCUGCAUCUCAGAGCCAUGUGCAGUGCCAUCUUGGGAAGCAGGGUGCUCGAAAAGCACAUAGUUGUCCUCGGACAAUAAUUACAGUUUGCUUGCUACUCGCUAGCUAACCCCAGUGUAGAGACGAGGGUUGCUAUUCUGCAAGCCCUAUAUCAAGUGUCUCUCACUCAAAGUUUUGCUCUUUUUGGGGAGGGGGGGGUUGGUUAGUUAAAAUGUAUAAUUUCUGUUUUUCUAUCCUGAUAAAUGCAUGGUGAAAAAAAAUACCCCUGAAGAUGUUUCAUUUUUUUUUAAAAAAAAAAAUCCUUCUACUUCAGUUGGCAAAAGUGUGUAAAACCCUGUACUUUCUACUUUCUUCUUUUUUUCUCCUGUAAUGAGUAAAUUAUUCCUUGAACAGAAAGAGGAUUUUCCCAUUUGGAGGAAGCUUUCGUGUGAAUCGUCAGGUCACACAAUGUCUUUAUUGGUGUUUUUAACGGGACGCACAGCCAAGCACUGAGCAGUCAGGAAUUAAGUGUAGCUCUAUUAAUUUCUAGCUCAGGCAGGGUUCCAGCCAGAUUCUCUUGGGAGCUAAGGCUGGGGGGGGGGGGGAACGGCGACCCUGUACUCUACUUGAAGUUUUCUAAUCUUUAGUUCUAUGGAAUGCAAUAACACAUAUUAGCCAGCAAUAUUCCUGUGGUCGCCGGCAUCUCUUGAGUUUGACCAUCAGUCUCUGGGUGAUUAAAAUAGAUCCCAGCAAUGAUCCAUUUCUUGACACUAGCCCUCAAGUCAAGUGUCUUUCCACUGUGGUCCUAUUUGCAGCAAUAUAUUCUUGUAUAUUUCAGUUCUUGCUUUUAACUCAUUAUUUUUCCUAUGAACAGUAAUAAAUAUAUUAGCACAUGGAAUUAAUAGCAUUGGAACAGCACUUAGCAGAUGGGGAAUUCUUUAUCAAGUUCCACAUUUACAUAAGUUAUUUCUAUUAUUAUUCAUGUAUAUUAUUUAUUGCUAAGCCUCACACCAGUCCUGCGAAAGUGCAACUAAAGGCAGAUGUUGGGACUUGGAUUUAACGUCCCUUAUCACAGUCUUCAACAAAAUUUUCAGUGAUACCCACAACAUGCUGCGUGAGUUUUUAACAUGAUUGCUAGAUUUCAGUAGGUUAGGCGUAAUGCUUUUGGUGUCUAGAUGUGCCGUUACAUUAAAAGAGGCAAAGCACCGGAACUUGUAGCCGUUGCCCCUGGCAGAGGUCUGUUUAGCAUAGUGUGACAUUAUUUAUAUCAAAUGUUAAAGUAGCAUGUAGAGGUUGCCUUUGUUAAGGGACUGUACCAGGUGACCUGCACAGUGAACUCUAGGCAGAGCAGGAGUCUGGGUGCUGCCUCCUGUCCGGUUGUGUGAAAAGAGCUGCUCCAAGCAAUCUAGCACCCCCCACCCCUGUAGGUGUCCUGUGCAGUGGUGGGAAUACAUGGUACUGUGGAGAAGGGAGCAGUAUGAGGGGUGUUCUGUAGGAACAGAACUGGCGGCUUAUGACUUGAGGCUUCCUGACUGUGUUUUCAGAUUUCAGGCAACUUGGCUGUACACAGAAGCAGUCCAUCCUGGUAAUAAAAACCUAGGGAUUCCCAACCAUUCAAAAGCCAGUUGCCUUUCUGCUGUUUCUGGUCUGAACCGAAGGUUAAUGGGCAAGUGUUAGGCAUAGAAGAGUAGUGUGUGUUAGGGCGCCAGUGCCAUGACCAUGCAUGACCUGGCCAGUGCCAGGAUGCAUGUUAACAGUAGAGACUGUUACGGGGUUGUCCUUUCUAGAUGUGUAGAAGUAUGUUCUGCUUUGUGAGGUGUGUUUUGUUUCUGUGUUCCCAUAGGGACUUGUUAAAACUUGCUUCUAGAGGCCUCAACAAAGCUGUAGUACACAGUAAGCUGCUUUCUCCUUUGACUUGUUCUUAGACUAGAAAAUGUUUAAAGGUAAAAAGGAGUCUUCAUUUGGACACUGAACUCGCCACUUUCCGGACUGAAAUCAUGUAGAGGUCACACACCUUAGAUGGCAAUCUAGGCUGUGUAAGCCAGCCCCAAGAGUCCAGCAUCCUCACACUGUACUUACCAGGUCCUGCAUCUCGUCCUUCCUUCCCCAAGGUGCUCCCGACCACGACCCUUGACCUGUCCCUUCGGUGCUCCCCACCUCCUUGGCUGAGACUUGGGCAUCAGGUAUGCAACGCGAAAUGCUCUCGGCAUCAAGUAUGCCUGCCUAGGCCUGGCCGCCACCCCCACUUUGCCUUUGGCUACCCAUAGUCAACAAGAGAUAAAACCAGAUGCUGGGCACAGAACGUACCCAUGAUGUCAGUCAGAAAUGCCCUCAAGCAUAUUUCUGUACAUCCUGAUCUUUAAACCCAGUCAUCAUGCGGAGCAUUCAUUGUUGGCUGUAGUCCCAGGUUAAAAAACAGACAAACAUUCCAGGCUGCUGUAGGCUGUCCAUCCAUCCACAGGCACUGCUUUCACCACGCUUCUUCAUACUUGAAACUUGUUCUGCUAUUUGGAUUUCACGGUGCAGACAUCAGGUGCGCAUUCCCUCCGGGUGCAUAAUUGCUCUCAUUCCAUUUGCUCAGACUGCUACAGAAUACUCUGUUUUGGUGCUUUGGGUUCAGCGGGUCAGAGAAGCACUGUGGGAAGUCACUGCCUAGAGCACGGUCUUAAAGCCUGUGGGCAGGAGUCCUUGUGUUGAUGUUGCUUCUGCCCUUUUCUGGGCCCUCUAGAUGGAGUUGCCGGUUUGGCCUGCCGGGGUCCACCUGAGAACUUUCUCUGAAGGGUCUAUGAACCCUGUGCUGUAUUCGAGGGUGAAUGUGGCAUCUCUCCUCUGGCAACCUUACCUUUCCGGGUUACUAGCCAUCAGAAAAAUGACCUAGGUUACAUAUAGCAAACAAGUGAAUGGGCCAAGUAGACCUGUGUCACUCCAUACAGCCCUCCAGAGGGAAAGGACCUGAGGGAAAGGAUAGAAAGAUAUCUCUAAGUUCCCCUUCAAAGCCCUGAGCUGAAGGCCUUUGCUCCCUUCCUUGAACCUGAUGAAAAUACUAGUCAGUUUAUCCAAGCCCUUCCCACUUAAAAGAAUGGGAAAGUAGAGGCAUAUGAUUGUCGGGGUCACCCAAAGGCUACAACCUCUAGCCAUGGGGGAUUUCGUAGAUGUCCAUCUUUAAAAGCAGCUCAGGUAAGGGGUGACUCCAGGUUUCCCGUAGGCAUCUUAAUGUGGGACUUCCCUGGAGAGGGAGAGCUACAGUGUUCAUUCUAUAUCAGAGGGCAGGAGAGGAAACCAGCAGGAAAUGGGAGGGUUACAGAUCAAUACUCCUUUGGAAACUGGAUGUCUUAACUGGGUGCUAGAACGCAAACUUAUGUAUUUAUUGUCUGGUCAUUGAAUUCAUUGCCUUUCAAAACCAUUGUUCAAAUGUCACUAUCCAUUGGACUCACUUGCGUGCCAGCCGAAUUGGUUGAAACCAAACCAGAGAGUGGUUUGUCCAUUUGCCAUACCUUUUGUAUUUCUUACAAUAAAAACAUGUUGGUAGCAAAUAAA